ACCGCGCGACCCGUGACACUCCGUGGACUGAGAACACGGAGCGGGGUUUCAACAGCUGCGCCUCACUUUCUCGGACCCGGCCCCCGACUCCAACACGACUCCACCAUGGAGGAAGCGGACCGAAUCCUCAUCCAUUCUCUGCGCCAGGCCGGCACGGCAGUUCCUCCAGAUGUGCAGAGCCUGCGAGCCUUCACCACAGAGCUGGUUGUAGAGGCUGUGGUCCGCUGCCUGCGGGUGAUCAACCCUGCGGUGGGCUCUGGCCUCAGUCCCCUGCUGCCUGUCGCCAUGUCUGCCCGGUUCCGUCUGGCCAUGAGCCUGGCUCAGGCCUGCAUGGACCUAGGCUAUCCCUUGGAGCUUGGCUAUCAGAACUUCCUCUACCCCAGUGAGCCUGACCUCCGGGACCUGCUUCUCUUCUUGGCUGAGCGUCUGCCCCCUGAUGCCUCUGAGGAUGCAGACCAGCCUGCAGGUGACUCAGCCAUUCUCCUCCGGGCCAUUGGGAGCCAAAUAAGGGACCAGCUGGCCCUGCCCUGGGUUCCGCCCCUCCUUCGCACUCCCAAGGUGCAGCACCUCCAGGGCUCAGCCUUCCAGAAGCCUUUCCAUGCCAGCAGGCUGGUCGUGCCUGAGUUGAGUUCCAGAGGAGAGGCACGGGCGUUCCAGGUGAGUCCCCUGCUGCUACCAGCCCCCUCCCAGGUGCCCCAGCCUGCUGGAAGGGCGGCCUCGCUCCUCGAACACCAUGCCAUCCAGCUGUGCCAACAUACGGGCCUGGAGCACCCAGGGGAUGAGGACUGGUUGCGCCGGACAUCCCGCCUCCCACCCCAGGAGGAGACUCAGGCUCAGCGGCAGCGACUACAGAAGCACCUGGCUGAGCAUCUUCGCCAAAGCUGGGGCCUGCUUGGAGCCCCCACACAAGCCCGAGACCUGGGAGAGAUGCUACAGGCCUGGGGUUCCGGGGCCAGGACUGGUGCUUCUAAGGGCUCCCGCUUCACGCAUUCAAAGAAGUUCACCUUCCACGUGGAGCCCCAGGCCCCGGUAGCCCAGGUGUCAGAUGUGCUGGCCACCUCCCGGCAGCUUGAACAGGACACAUGGGCAGCUCAAGAACAGGAGCUAGAGUCCCUUCAGGAGCAGCUGGAGGGAGUGAACUGCAGCAUUGAAGAGGUUGAGGCUGACAUGAAGACGCUGGGAAUGAGCCUUGUGCAGGUGGAGACUGAAUGUCGGCAGUGUGAGCUCAGCACCGUGGAGCGCGAGCAGGCCCUGCGCCUGAAGAGCAGGGCGGUGGAGCUGCUGCCUGAUGGGGCCACCAACCUCGCCAAGCUGCAGCUCGUGGUGGAGAGUAGUGCCCAGCGGCUUAUCCACUUGGCAGGUCAGUGGGAGAAGCACCGGGUCCCGCUCCUUGCUGAGUACCGCCACCUCCGGAAGCUCCAGGAUUGCAGAGAGCUGGAAUCUUCUCGACGGCUGGCAGAGAUCCAGGAGCUGCACCAGAGUGUUUGGGCAGCUGCUGAAGAGGCCCGCAGGAAGGAGGAGGUCUAUAAGAAGCUGGUGUCAGAGCUGGAGACUCUGCCCAGAGAUGUAUCCCGGCUGGCCUAUACCCAGCGCAUCCUGGAAAUUGUGGGCAACAUCCGGAAGCAGAAGGAAGAGAUCACUAAAAUCUUGUCUGACACGAAGGAACUUCAGAAGGAAAUCAACUCCCUGUCUGGGAAGCUGGACCGGACGUUUGCGGUGACGGAUGAGCUCGUGUUCAAGGAUGCCAAGAAGGAUGAUGCUGUUCGGAAAGCCUACAAGUACUUAGCUGCCCUGCAUGAGAACUGCAGCCAGCUCAUCCAGACGAUCGAGGACACAGGCACUAUCAUGCGGGAGGUUCGAGACCUGGAGGAGCAGAUCGAGAUGGAGAUGGGCAAGAAGACACUCAGCAACUUGGAGAAGAUCCGUGAGGACUACCGAGCCCUCCGCCAGGAGAACACUGGCCUCCUGGGCCGGGUCCGGGAGGCCUGAGAAGCACUCAGCAGAGGGCUCUCCUCAGCCUUAGGCAGAGGUUUGGGGUGCUGGAGGUGGUGGCCAGCCACUCACCCUAGCUAUUCCCUCGGCUGUCCAGUUCCUCCUGCUGCAGCCUUCGACCCAGACUCCCACCCACCAGACCCGAACCCUUAUCUGGGGCGAUCGUCCAGCAUGUGGGAGCUUGGCUGCAGUUUAUUGGGGAGGGUACUAGGGGUUGGGGGCCUUGGAUCCCAAAUAAAUGAGGGGCUCUUCUGCA